UACUUGUGGUAGCCCUCCCUUUCCGAUAGCACUCGCAGUGCUUGCCGGGAUAUUUCGGGAUGUGGAAACACCCCUUCCCUCCCCCCCACAAGAUGUCCGAGGUGGAGCGCCAGAAGAGUUUGGCAAGAGCUCGGAAGAAGCUUCGUGAGUUUCAGGAGCGUAACAACCAGAUCCAUACGGAGGCAACCAAGAAGAAGAAGAUCAAGUGUGCCAAUAGUAGCCUUGAUAAUUCAAUAACUACUUCUGAAGGUUGUCAUCCAGAUGUGGAAGAGCCAAAAGAUCAGGCUACUCCUAUAUCAGCUACUGCUGUUGACCUCACGGCAUUGGUUUCUUCUACUUCCACGGAGAUUGCUGAUUUACCAUCAACAAAGGUGGCAGAUGCUGGAUCACCUUGCCUGGCAGCAGACCUUGUCUGCACCACCAAAUUCCCACCCUCUAGUGAUGCAGAACUUGAUGCAGGCAGCCUCCGGCCUGCAUCUGUCAUGCGCCUGCAGGUGGAGGCAGCAGGAGCACCUAUCCCAGUGGCCGACCCUGCCGGUGAUGCAGCUAUUUCACCCUCUAGUGUCUCGCUCAGUGAUGCAGGUGGCUUAGAAUCUGCAGAUAUUCAGCCCACCCAGAAUCCUGAAGUUGAUGGUGACAUGUGUCCUAUGAUUAAUUUUGAUGCAAGUAUGUCUUCUACUGAGAGUCUUCGUCAACUUUCAUUACAACUGAAUGGUCUUGUCUCAGAGCCCUCACCUUUGGUCAAUGGGGAUGAGGUGCUCUCUUCGGCUGACUUGAAAAGUCUGGAGAGCCGCUACCAAGAGUUAUCAUUGUCCCUGGACUACAGCAAUAUAAAAAACAGCGAACUUUUUCAGAUGAUUGAAAAUUUGAGACAGCAGAAUGAAGAUAUUUUGAAUCAAAGGGAAAAAGAGAAGAAGGACUUUGAGCAAAAAUUUGCAAAGGAACAGGGGGCCCUUAGAGAGCAGUUACAGGUCCAUAUUCAGACCAUUGGAAUUCUUGUCUCUGAAAAAUCUGACCUGCAGACAGCUCUGGGGCAUACCCAGCAGGCAGUAAGGAGAAAAGAAGGAGAAGCUGAAGAGCUUGCUACUAAAUUGCACACUUCAAGACUGCGGGUCAUGGAGCUAGAGCGAACACUUUCAGCUGCUGCUUCCCGUCAGAAGCGGGCUGAGAAGGAUAACAAAGAAUUAAGUCAAGAAAGAGAUUCCCUGAAGAUGGAAUUAUAUAAAAACAAUAAAAACAAUGAAGAUCUGAAGCAGUUGAACUCUGAACUAGAAGAAAAAUUGCGAAUAUGUGUUAAAGAGAAGGCCACCCUGCAGCUUGGGCUAGAUGAUGUGAAAAAACAAUUAGAAAUGUCUGAGUUACUACUUUUACAGUAUUCUUCACCAUCAGAAGUAGCCACAGAUAACCAGCAAUUCCAACAGGCCCUGGAAGUGCGAACUCACCUAGAGAAAGAAGUGGAACAGUUGAAGAUGUUGUUGAAGAAUCUACAGAUUGACAGAGACAAUUAUGCACAGAGACUCAACAAUGAAACGUCUUUUUGGCAAGGAAAAAUGCAACAGUUGUUAGAUCAGAUGACAACACUGAAAGAAGAAAAAGAGAAGAGUAUGAACAAGGUUGAAGAACUAGAAACUUAUGUGACAGAACUAAAGAGCCAGAUGGCUGUGCCUUCACCCCCUGAGCCCCCUCAAGGACCCUCAGAAAUGGAGCAGCGCUUGCAGACUGAAACUGAACAGUUACAGAAACAGCUAGAGGACCUGGCCGCACGCCUAGAAGAACAAGUUAAAAACAAUAAUGAACUCAAUCAGUUAAAUUUGGUGCAAGGAUAUAGACUUGCAGAAUUGGAGCGGGAAGCCGAGAUAUGGGGUGAUCAAGCUGAAACAAGAAAGAAAAUUCUCGAGACUAUGGAGAAUGACCGCACCACUAUUUCCAGAGCAAUGUUGCAAAACCAACAGCUUAAAGAGCAGUUAGCAGAGCUGCAAGAUGGAUUUAUUAAACUGACAAAUGACAAUGUGGAGAUUACCAAUGCUUUGCAGUCUGAGCAACAUGUCAAGAAGGAGCUAGCCAACAAGAUGGGAGUGCUGCAGCAAGAUAAGGAAGAGCUUAAAGAAAUGGUGAACAAGAAAACACAGGAAGCUGAGACCCUCCAAGAGCAACGAGACCAGUAUCUGAACCACCUCCAGCAAUAUGCUGCAGCCUUGCAACAGCACGUGGCUGCCUAUGAGCAGCUCGCUGCUGACAGAGAAACCCUGCAGAAGCAGCUACUGGUGCAAACUCAACUCAUGGACCAGUUGCAACACCACAGCAGUGAAGCAAAGACAGAGGCUGAAAAGGCCCAAGAAGAAUUACAGAAGACUCAGGACCUGCUUGGUAUCGCACAUCAGCAAAACGAGCAGCUUCAGGCCAAGCUGAGUCUUGUGACAAUGCCUGGAGUAGAAACUGACAGUGAGGAGGAAGAGGAGUUAAAGGAAGAAGGGGAUGAGGCACCCCAGGCAAAGUUGACCAUGCCGGAGGACCUAGAUAGCCGAGAGGCCAUGGUGGCAUUUUUUAACUCAGCCUUAGCCAAUGCUGAGAAGGAACAAGCACGACUGCGUCGGGCGCUGAGAAAGCAGACUCGCCGCUGCCUGCGCAUGGCUCAUCUUGGGACCUCAACUCAGACACAAAGAGAAAAAGAUGAGGUCUCUACCACUGGGGCAGAGGGAAACACUAUAACCAGAGAAGCCUAUCAGACCCUCCAGAGGGCCAUGGACAAACUUCAGGUGCGUUUUACUGACCUCAUGAAUGAGAGAGUAGAACUUAAAGAUCGAAUGGAAGAGCUGGAACAUCGCUGCAUUCAGUUAUCAGGGGAAACCGACACUAUUGGCGAAUAUAUCACCCUGUAUCAGAAUCAGAGAGCUGUGCUAAAAGAAAGGCAUAAGGAAAAAGAAGCUUAUAUCCACCUCUUGGCCCAAGAGAAAGAAGAGAUGAAGAUUAAAAUGUUGGAGCUACAAGAACUAAUUUUAAGACUAGUCGCUGACAACAAAGAAAAAUACAGUAUGGCUCUGGCAGCUGCCCAGAAUUGUUCAGGGGAGCCUGCACCAGCAGCCCAGAACCAAGAACUUAAUACUCCAGGACAUUCUGCUGCGAGCCUUGUAAGUAACACGGGAUCUACUGUGACACAUAUGGAGAAUACCACCGAAACGCAAAUAAUGCAACUUCUACGGGAGAUUCAGAAGGACCCAAAGGAGUGCCCAGGCCUGGGCAGCAACCCAUGCAUGCCUUUCUUCUAUAAGGCUGAUGAGAACGACCAGGUGAAGAUCCUGGUGAUCUAAUUAUCUGACACGAGCAAGAAAACCCUAGAGAUAUGGAACUAGGGGCUCUCCCCUCACCCAUUCUUUGCCACCCUUUCCUACCUCCUAAAGUCUGCCACCCUGACCCUGCCAGCCCUCCCCAAUAACCUUUUCAAUCUCUACACUAGCAAAAUGAAACUUCCAGCUCAACGGUUCCUGACUUGAAGUAGGAAAAAGCCAAAAUAGCAAACUUCCUUUUGCCCACGUUGCUAAUCUCUCUGCUAUUUAAGAAAGGUCAAACAAGUGGAGAGUAAUUUAGGAGAAUGGCACAAAAUUGUUUAAAAAGGUACAGAAACACAAGAGGUGCAAAGACUGUUUAAGAGAGAAAAUGAAAUAAAUGUUCUAGAGCAAAGGGAAUGUACUCCUUAAAACAUAAAUAAAAUUAAUAAAAAAGAAAAAGCUGGGAAGCAGUGAAAGACUUAAGCCUGUAGCUUAAAAAGAUUUUUAAAGAUAUAUAGUGAGCUAUUUGGAAAAAAAUAAAAUUGAAGAAUGAACAGAGAAUGUCAUAAUGAAAAGAACAGGAAAAGAACUUUUAAGAAAUAAAGCCUGGGAGUCGGGCAGUAACAUAGUGGGUAAAGUGCAGGUGGCGCAAAGCGCAGGGACCGGCGUAAGGAUCCCGUUUCGAGCCCCCGGCUCCCCACCUGCAGGGGAGUCUCUUCACGGUGAAGCAGGUCUGCAGGUGUCUAUCUUUCUCUCCCCCUCUCCGUCUUCCCCUCCUCUCUCCAUUUCACUCUGUCCUAUCCAACAACGACAACAAUAAUAACUACAACAAUAAAAGAAGGGCAACAAAAAAGGGAAUAAAUAUUUUUUAAAAAAUAAAGCCCUACUUAAAAAAAAAAACAACCUCAGGGGGGCCAAGUGAUGGUGCACCUGCUUACUCACAAGGACCCAGGCUCAAGCCCCUGUUGCCCACCUGCGGGGGGAAAAGCUUCACAAGUGGUGAAGCAGGGCUGCAGGUAUCUAUCUCUUCCCCUUUUUAUCUCCCCCUCUCAAUUUCUUUCUGUGUCUAGCCAAUAAUAAAUAGAAAAGAAAAAGAAAAGAGCCUGAGGCUUGAGUAUAUUUAGAAAAUAAAGUAGAAAAUUAAAAAAUGUAAAAAUUAAAAGUUUAAAAACCUAUAAAAUUUUUUAAAAUUACAGAAAUGCACAGAUACACUAAUUUUUUUAAAUUUUCUUUAAAAAAAAUUAAAUGUUAAGAUACAAAAAGUACAAAAGAACCAAAUGCAGAAUACUUGCUCUGAAGAUGAAGAAAGCAAGCAUGAAGACUAACUAGACUUCAUUAACAUUAAAAAGCAAACAACACUACAGGAAAACAGAAAGCCAGAGGCAUGAUAAAAAGGAACUUAUUCAAAGGGUAGUUUUCACUCUUUGGGGACUAUGAUAAAAAGAAAAAAAAUAAUCCAGAGGCUUAAGGAAGGCAUACUAUUUAAAGAAAUCACACACACAAAUCAAGUGACAGAUUACUGACCACCUUUGAUGAACCUGCCUCUUAAUCCAGAAAGAGGAGCCAAAGGCUCAGUAAAAACAAGUGAUUGGUUGGGUAGUACCUUAAAAGGUCCCCCAUAAGACUACUAACUAAUCCUUCAUUUUAAAAAUCUUAAAUUUUUCAAGGCACUUUGGGGCACUUGUGCCCCCACACCCUCACUGUAGCCAAUCCAUUGGACAAUAUUUUGUUCAUGGGAACAGUGGGGGAUUAGCAUAGUGGGCAAAGCUAUAAACUGAUGGCAUAACCUGGUGGCAAAAACUGGUGAGGGAUGCUCAAGGGAUGGCUGAGGGUCAAACUCUUCUUAUCUAUGGCCGGAUCUGGACUAGGGCACAGCCCCCAUAUUGUAGUAUAAACUGAACUGGCAAAGAGCUGAUGCUAUUAAUUUUAUUCUGAAGUGGGAAAAUAUUUAUUGCUAACAAAGGAAGGACGUGAAAUGGUUGAAUUUCUAUUUUUGUCCAUCCUCAAAUAAAUGGAGUUAUCCAUU